AUGGGCGCCGGUCGCCGGAAGAAGGCAGGCGAGGCGGAGUGGCGAGGGCGGGGGCCGGUGGCGAGCGGGGCAGCACGGUGGAGUCCCGGCGAGGCGCUGGUCGCCGGCGGGCGGCACGGGGGGGCGAGGGGCGCGACGGGGCCGGCGAGUCGGCGGCGAGAGGCGCGCAGCCAGCUGCGGCGGCGGACGGGUGCAAGGAAGAAAAGAAAAGGGCCUAAACCUAAUACUGAUUGGGUCUUAGUGUCAGAGGAGGCCCAGUCCACCUGGGUUUUCCCCUUCCUCCCGCUACAGGAGGCACGGAGGGGAGUCGUGGCGUCCAUCCGCCGGCGAUGGCCGUGCGUGGCGGCCAUCCACGCCCCCUGGCCUCCUACAAAGCUUUCCCCGCGGCCCCCUCGACCGAACCCUAGCUUCUCCUCCUCGCUCCGCUACCCUCCGCCACAAACAUGUCCGCCGCCACCGUCGUCUUGCUGUCGCCAUGGACACGGCCAUCGAGCUCCCGGCGCUGGAGGAGUUGUCCGGAAGGACCAUCACCGACGAAUACGUCUACCCCGGACAUCGAUUUCGAGUGGGAGCCGUACAUCACAAGGUCGCCGCCUUCUUCUUCCUCUGCAACCGUCGGACUCUGAUUCUUCGAUCUGCUCCGUCUGCUGCUACUAUGCCUUCCACCGAGCCCCCUUGUGCUCCUCGGUGGACCCCGGUCAGCCCUUCGACCAGUCAAAUGUGACUAUUCAACUGCUGAUGCAGCAGUUGACCAGGCCCACCAACCCCGAGACCGAUGCUGCCCCUGUGACCGACUACAUCUCCGACGUCACUUCUUCCUUUACAACAGAGUUUCCAGUUGACGGAUCCCAGGAUCCAGACGAAACCAUUGAUGAUUACUACUACCCCGAGGGUGCCUACUACAACGUGACGCCCGCUGAUGACUUGGAGUAGUUAGGAGGCUCCCAGGCAAGAGGCCUUGCCUUUUCGAUCAUAAAUGUUUUUGUGCUAGCCUUCUUAAGGCAAACUUGUUUAACUUAUGUCUGUUCUUAGAUAUUGAUGCUUCCGUUGACUCUUGUGUAUUCGAGCUUAUGUAUUCGAGCCCUCGAGCCCCCUGGCUUGUAAUAUAAAGCUUGUAUUAUUUUAA